GUGUGUGUGUGGUGCACAGUAAGUGGGAGGAGGAAACACUGCUGAGCCGAAAGCCGCUGACAUGAAGGACAGAUCGGAGCGGCCGCAGAACUGAACCUCCGCAUCUGUCCUCCCGCCGGACGGUCGCGAUGGAUUUCGUGCUGAGCGGAGUGGCGGCGUGCGGAGCGUGUCUGUUCACCAACCCGCUGGAGGUUGUCAAAACGCGAAUGCAGCUGCAGGGAGAGCUCCAGAGCAGGGGCACUUACCAGGUUUAUUAUCGCAACGUGUUCCACGCUUUUUACACCAUCGGUAAAGUGGACGGACUGGCAGGCUUACAGAAAGGACUGGCGCCCGGGCUGGUUUAUCAGUUUUUUAUGAAUGGAGUCAGACUCGGCUCGUACGCCAUCAUUGAGUCCUCUGGUUACAUCCACACCAAUGGAAGGGUCAGCGCGCUAAAAACCACGUUAGCAGGGGCUGUGGCUGGAGUGGUGGGGGCCGUGAUGGGCAGCCCUGUAUACUUGGUCAAGACUCAUCUGCAGAGUCAGUCUACGUCCUCUAUUGCGGUUGGACAUCAGUAUAAACACCAGGGGAUGAUCCACGCUCUGGCAGCCAUCUACAGGGAGCAUGGCAUUCUGGGACUGUGGAGGGGCUCCAGCGCUGCUGUACCGAGGGUCAGCGUGGGGUCAGCUGCUCAGCUCUCCACCUUCUCCUCCUCCAAGGAGCUUGUGAUUGACCUACAGGUUUUCGCGAAGGACAGCUGGUUGGUGCCUCUGAGUGCUGGCAUGAUCAGCAGUGUGGUUGUGGUGUUGGCCAUGACACCUUUUGAUGUGGUGAGCACACGGCUCUACAACCAGCCUGUGGACCAGUUGGGCAAGGGGCAGCUUUAUAAAGGAUUCACUGACUGCUUUUCCAAGACGCUGAGGAAGGAGGGAUUGACAGGACUUUACAAAGGCUUGGGAGCCUCUUAUUUCCGGCUCGGUCCACAUACCAUUCUGUCUUUGUUCUUCUGGGAUGAACUGCGCAAACUGUACCAGCAGUACAGAUAACACCAGGGACGAGGAGACUGGAAAUGGGUAACUCAUUAAGCUCUGAGUGCAUAGGUUAAAUGAGUCCUCAUUUAAUGAGUUCACUAUUAUGAGGUAAAAGAAAAACCAGGAGCUGCUCUCCUUUCUUCAUGGGAAAGCUAAAGAGCAAAGGUAACAUUUUACACUCCAAUAAGAAAACAGAUUAGUACAGUCAAAAUGCAUCAGGAAGCAGGGUGAAAAUGUCAAAACUGCAGUCAAGAGCGCUGAACAGUUCUGUCUAACAGAUGUCAUAAACACACUUGGAUUAGUCUUGGUAACAACCAGUAUGUGCUCAGAUAUGAUGAUCUACUCAAUAGACCUCACCUACUAACAUAGGUAAUAGUCUAAACCAGUAUAUUCAAAGGGAAACAAGAUAUUUUGGCAUGGGGAUAAAAUCUCAUCAGACAAGCGUAGGAAAGAAGCACUGAUGAAAAUGUGGCAGUAACACAAAAGACAUACAUCGGCCUUGUAUUGGAAGGAAGUGAUGCAGACUAUAACAUAGCAACAGAAUGAAGGAUUCUGUGGGUGAGAGAUUUCCUGUAAGCAACUUUGCCUUCAAGUUAACAAGUGUUGCUAAAGUCAAAGAGGACCUGCUGAUCAGUGACCCACUGGUGAGCCCAUCAGUACAAACUAGGGAUCAACUGAUUUUUUUUUCAGGGCCGAUACCGAUUAUUGGUAAUCAAGGAGACCGAUAAAUAAUAUUUGGAACCGAUACGCCAACACAAAACUACUGCUGUAUAAGGACACUCACUGUGUUGUCCAGGUGUUUCUAGUAUGUUGUCCACCCUAUUUAUAUCAGUGAAAGUAGGCUUAAUAACAGAAACACCUCUGUAUAAUGUAAUACAGCUACACACACUACAUCCUCCAUAAUGAUCAUACAGUUGAAUCAAAGACGGUCUAAAACAAUUUAUUACAAACUGAACAUGAUAACCUUCAUGAAGGAGGAUUUACUGCAGGACUGCUGUAUUGCUCAGUUUUAGGUAAAUGUUCCUAAUAAACUGACAACUGAGUGUAUAUAAGUAAUUAUCAGAUGUAUGCAGACUGCAAAGAGUCUGACUGGAAUUAAUUGGUUGAUUUCAGUGCAGUCACCUGUGAACUGAUUCACCUGGCAGCCUAAAGAUGUUCUUUAUUUUAAUAUAGUUUUAUUAUAUAUUAUUAUUAUCCCCAAAUAAGAUGUUUCCCCCUUCCCCCCUUUUACUGUAGUAAAAUGUGUUUUCAGUAAGAGUAGUUAGUGACCAGUGAUCGGUUAUGGGUUUAAAAAAAAAGAAUGAAAUAAACAAUACAAAUUAUCGGAAAAUGCUGAUUUUACCGCCGAUAAUCGGCCAGGCCAAUAAUUGGUUGAUCCCUAGUACAAACUCUUGUAAAACAAAUAAAAUUUGUUCAAACCCGCAGAACUUUAUUUUAAGUUCAAGUGGCGAUCCUGAAGUUUCAACAGAUACCAAACUUGGCAUUUGGAGAAAUGUCAAUAAAAUAAAGCCUUGAGUUUCAAUCUUUUAUUUGGUGUAAAUAGGUAAAACUGUAAAACCGUCAUAAAAUGGCAUUUUACAACUCCUAGAGGAUGCACCUCACCUUAACCAGAAUCCCUGAGAGGUUUCGUUUGUACCUUAGAGGCUACACUAGACUACCUUACACAUUUUUAGGUAUGUUCAACAUUUUUAAAUGAAGUUCUCUUAACUACUGAAUCUCUUUUGAGUUGCUACAUAAUGUCUGUUUCUUUUUAUAUCAUACAUUACUGUUAAACAAUUAACUAUGGGAACUGUUAGAAAUAAAAGAAACUAAAUUAGUUGACUUUAAGUCGAGGUAUGUUAGUUCAUUAUCUCUGUUCUACAAGGCGUUAUCAUACUAAUUACUUUUCUCUUACUCAGCUGUAUUUAAACACACUGUGUUUGACCUUCAGGGUCAUACCAGGAGCAGCUUGUCAGUGCUGUGUGACAAGUUUUUCCUGUUGCAAAAAUUUUCAAAUUCACUGAUUCAUUUACUGUUAAAAAAUCUAAACGCUUACAGUAUGUAUUUCAACAAACUUGCUUUCUAUUCCACAAAUAAAAUUACUUUUAAGGUGCUUUUUAGGUCACUGUCAAGGGUUGCUAGAUCCUCUCUCAAGAUCAACAAAACAUUCAAUUAAGAAUUUCCAUCAGUUAGGAAAUGUAUUUUUAAAAUAAAUAAAUCUGCAGCUAAAUUACAUUGUGAUUUGCUAGUUAUAAAAUGGUUUGCCUUAAUCAUUUAUCAAAAAUAAAAUUCUGAUUUAUGGGAUACUACUGUGACGUAAAUGUGUAUGACACUGCCACCAGUCAUACAUACUUUCAAACAGUUUGUUCAUUAGAAUUGACACACAUUAUUAAUCAUAUGUCUGUGUGUUAUGGCCUUUGAAGUACUGAAGUACUUUUGUGGUGUCUUCCAUAGCGAUGAUGUGAUGAUGAUGAAGGAAUCUCCGCAGACACUGGCUCAGUUAUAUAUAAAAAAGUUUAUUACAAAAAGGCACAGCAUCGUUUGACAAGCAUCAAAACUGCCUGUGAGAGGACCCAAAGCCAAAAAGGAUCUUCCCCCGUUUUUCCCGAAAACCAAACAAUUUAUAGGCUGGGAAUCCUCUAGUUACAUAUUCAUGACAUAGCUAAUUCCUAAUAACCUAUAGUGGCACAGAGCCAACAUUUAUGUCCAAACAUGGUCAUUCUAUAUGAAGUUAAAAUAUACCAUAAAUUCUGUUAUGUAAGACAAAAGUCAGCUUUAGGAAUGUUUUGGAGACAGGAACGGAGGGGGUGCUCACCCUCUUCUGGCACCUGACCUUACACCCAGAGCCUCCUCCUAAAAACACUCCACUCUGUAACUCACAGAGCAGCUAAGACACAACACGUUCGUUCAAGACAGAGGAUUACUUUGUCAAAUACUGCAAUGACUUAUCAUUGAUGCUCUUAAAAUAUGCAGGUAUUGACAUAAAUGAAGACAUGGUCUUCACCAGAUUAUUCACUUUUCUUCUGUGUUGGAUAAGUUAGCAUUAACAUCAUGCACAUACAGUAAAUGCACAUCCUCCAGGUCAGCAUGAGCAUAACAUGGCAGCACAGGUUUACAGCCACAGUUAAGAGUCCAUUUUUCCUCACAGUUUGAGAAGUUCGCCUGACUCCAGCAGCUCACGGUCUUUCAUUGCACCAGUGCGCAGUUACUGACCCGUUCUGUGAGGCCUGUACCGUUUAGCCCACUAGUCAGAUUGCCAUGAGUGGACACUGUUGGUAACACAAACUGCUCCAUAAUGUGUGAGUCAGACUGGGUGCUUUUUUCAUGAUGUGAACAAUUCUUUGCAAAGUGUCAAGAAUUUAAUAACACGUUAUUAGUUAUUAGUGAUUGCAAUGGUGGCUGGACACAAUUUGACAUGGCAGCACAAUGUGAUUGUCAUGACACAUACAGUAAUAAAUGCACUGUAGCUAGUAGGACACAUCUGUCAACCCAAUUUAGGUAACAGAAGAGAGGAAACUAAUGUUAUCUGAGUUUAUUUUGUAUCAUUAAGUUAAAGCUUUGGUCUUCUUAUAUAAAGAAUGUUCCUACAGCAAGGGUUGGCAUUUUUAUUCUUGUCAAGUAACUUUGUCUUCUCAAUGUAACAACACUGUAUAUGUAUUAUAAACACUAUAUAUGGUUCGUUAUGGGGUUUUCGUAUGUCUGGAUUUAUCCUGUAAAUUUAAUCCAAAUAAACAAGGACGCUACUGAAGUAUUUCAUCAGUAGAUUUCAUACACUGACAGGACAACUAUAAUGAAUAAGGUAAAUCAGACUAUAAUAGUUUUUCCUAGACCACAUUAUUGGACUAUUAAAUUUGUCUUUGAAAUAAUAGCUCAAGAAAUCCUGACCAGAAAUGUUUCCUGUCAAACAAAUUUUGUGCCAAAUGUUGUGCCGUUUUUUUUAGUUCACACCAAUCCAGCUGAACAAUGUUUGGUGGUUCAGACACCAAAAAGUACUAAAAUCACAAAACUAAACUAGCUGGUGACUCCUUCAAAGAAAAAACACUAUUUUUUUUUUUGUUUUAAGCAGUAAUUGGCCUUUCUAGCCAAUUACUGGCCAGGAAGACUCCUCAGUCUGAUUUUAUUAAAGGGUGAAAGACAUCAACAAUUCUGCCUAAUUCUUAACAUGGUAUGCUGCCUACUAACUUAGCCAUGCCAUUAUGGUGAAGGUAUUUUUGUUAAGGUAAUUUGUUGUGUGAAUGGAAUGGAAACUAAUUACUGGUCAGUUUAUAUCAUUAAGGGUCUUGAGAUAUUAGAAAAUCUAAAAUAGGGGAGGACUGAUGAUGAUGAUGAUGUCAAAUGGAUGAAAAAAUGCUGAAUAUGGUUUUGGUACUCUUGUUUGGAAAUUGCUCGACUCUGUUGCUGAUGGGUCCAGUGUAAAUUAUCUGAUCACUUAUGUACUGCAUCAUUAAACACGUGGACAGAUGUCCUCCGAGUUGAGCAGGAUGUGUGUUACAUGCAGCAUCUUGAUAAUGUUUCUUGAAUGUGUAACAAAAUGUAUUUCCUAUAAUGGGCAGACAAUAUUUCUGUGUAAUGGACAUGGAGAGCAAAUAAAUGAUCAGGCUUUGUGGUGAUGGACAUUGUGGUGUUACUUGCCUUGUUUUGCAUGGGCUGAAAAUAAAAGGCUAAUGUUCUAUCAUGUUA